ACUACAAGUAUAAUGACACAGCCGCGACCCUGUGGAUGCAAAGGAUGCAGGACAUGUCUCAUUUGCGAAACCCAGUACGGGGCAGACAAGUACAAAAUUCAGCUAGAGUUCGAUAAGGCAAAAAGCUAUGUUUAUUGCCCGUUUUGCAACAAAGCGUGGCCGGGUUGGGACGGUAAUGUCUACAAACAACAUCCCAAUCACGUUGGAACACCGAUCGAGUACCCCGGCGUUUACAUUCAAUUGGACUUUAUAACGGAGAAAGAAGAAAAUGUGUUAAUGAAAAACAUAGACGAGGUACCUUGGGACAUAUCACAGAGCGGCAGACGUAAGCAAAACUAUGGUCCUAAAACGAAUUUCAAGAAGAUGAAAAUCAAUGCUGGCAGUUUUGAUGGCUUCCCAGCAUUCUCCAAGUUUCUGCAAGAUAGAUUCGAAGAUGUUCCUUUAUUGGAAGGUUAUGAUGUGAUAGAGCAGUGCUCUUUGGAGUAUGAUCCUAGCAAAGGAGCUUCCAUUGAUCCUCACAUCGAUGAUUGUUGGAUUUGGGGUGAAAGAAUUAUCACUGUCAACUGUUUGUCUGAUUCCAUGUUAACUAUGACUAGAUAUCAUGGAGAUACUAAGAAAUAUAAUCUGCAUUGUGCAGAAAAAUACUGCCCGAUAGUUAAACCAGAUGGCAGUAUUAAUUUGGAAUGCAGCAAUCUUGAUAAAACGGCUUAUGAAGCAAGUAAAUCAGAAGAUGAUUUGGAUGUUGUUGUCAGAAUACCAAUGCCUAGAAGAUCACUCCUAGUCUUCUAUGGUGAGCCAAGAUACCACUGGGAGCACUGUGUGCUGCGUGAGGACAUCUCGUCCCGCCGGAUAUGUAUAGCGUACAGGGAGUUUACACCGCCAUACAUGCAGAAUGGCUGCCAUGAAGAGGCCGGCAACCUCAUCAGACAGGCUAAGACAUUUUGGGAUCACAAGUUAAGGUAUCAAAUUAAGGCUUAAGUUGAAAAACUUAAAAGUCAA